AUGGCAUCCCGACCUACGGAUGCAUCAGCAAUUGCUCCCACCUCAGGUGAAGAAGACGAUUAUAGUCAGCCUAUUGAUAUCAAGGCUCGCAUAGCCGCCUUUGGCGGAGGCAGUACAGGUAGUGCGUCUAGUGCUGGCCGUGCGACCUCUCAGGCGGUACCCUUCGCCAGCGGCGGCUCUCUAAGCCCUCCUUCGUCUCGAUCGCACGGUGCUACAUGGAAUGGUGCAGGCCGUGCUGGCAUCCGAUCUGCCCAGUCUGCCGGUGGAGAAGUCGCAAGAGGCUUGUCCAGAACCAUCAACGCGUCCAGCGCUUCCCCCAGCGCUUCCUCCAGCACCCUUUCAGAAUUUGGCGUACCAGUCAGGGAAGGGCAUACGAGCGUCUCGCCGCUGAUGCAAAAUGCGACCCCUCACAAAGCUCCAGAAUACUUUGCAGGAAACACGCUGAGCCCAUCGAGCAGUAGGAGCCUCGUUCAAGAGGCUGCCGAUUGGAAUCUCGCUGCCAAUAAAGACACCGGUCCAAGCUUGCGAAAGACUGGAAGUGGGGUGAGCUUGCGGGAGCUGGGAGCUAGAUCAGCGGAUCCGGCCUGGACGGUUCAGCAUAGUCGCGUGAGAAGCAAUAGCUCGGCCUCAAGCUCGAGCGCACCCAGUGUCGGUGGCAACGGGGUCAACCGCAGUCAUACUGACAGCCCUCGGCUGGGGGUCAGGAACAUCAUUGCGCUGUAUGGGAAUGGCGCAGCAACAAGGCCUGAGUGCGAAUCAGCACUUACCUAUGAUUCUGGCACAACCACUUCUACGCUCGAAACAAACCUGCGGACUGCAGUAGCAGACGAGCUGCCGGCGUCGAGGCAUAUGCUAGACGGUAGCGAGGAUACCAAUCCUCAACUUGCACUGCACCCUUCCCUGCGACCUUCGCCCAGCUCAUCGUACUCAGUCACGCGCUCCUCGAGUCCGGCGGCCGCAAACAAAGAACAAUCAGAUGGCGUUAAAAGAGCUCCAAUUCCACCUCCCCGACCGAGUAAGACGGCGGAGGUCAGCACAGGAGGUGCGUCAACUCCACCCGCACGUGUCACUGUUCAUCCACCCUCUCCGUCGAAGGGAAGCCCUGCACCUCACAUGCCACCGUCUCUGCCGCCACGAAAGUUGGGUACUUCCAACGCGUCAGAGUACGACCUCAAAUCGACCAGCAGUCCUACCUCUUUUGUGUUUGGAACUUCAGCGCCGCCCCAUCAAGGUUCGGAGUUCAUGCCCGGCCAAGACUCUCGAAGACCCUCUGUACCGCCCCGCCCGGGCGCGUCAGGCCCGCCUUCUCGCGGUCAUUCCGAUCCGAACGCCAAAGCGCCGGAAUGGCAGACACCAGGCGAGGCGCAUGCCGCGUUGGGCUACAAGGCUCGCGCUGUACCACCUGCUGGAGCGCUUGCGAGGGGCAGGGGCUUGCAUCAAGCACCUGCUUGGGCUUCUAGCUCGACAGGCUCCCUCGGCUCUUCUCCUUCCCCCUCCGACUCCAAACCACCAACGGAACGGAGACCUGCGCCUCCGCCACGUCCCGGGCACGCCUCUACGACGCCUGCAGCGGUGUCCCCUGCGCUUCGUAGUACCAGCCCCAAAAUAGCUGCUGGACGUCAUUCGAGGACGGGGGGGUCGGACCCCGCAGGCUUGCGAGGGCCAACAAGCAUCACCAUCACUUCUACCAACAAUGCCACCUCGCACAACGUUUCACUUUCCGAUGCGGCAGCUGAUGAUCUUCGAGCGGGUUUGAGCAGCACAUUGAGCAAAGACGAUGUGAAAGACGACUUGCUCUCUAGCUCUGCGCCCUCGAAUCAUGCUCUGCCUUUACCGCCAAGACGGACGGCAGCGCUUGCUUCGGCUUCGCCAGGGCCCCAGGUGCAUAGCGCGUGGGGCGCCAGAUCCAAUAAUUCUUCACCAGCACCAGGAUCGGUCUCAUCCAUUUCGUCAUCCUCCAAAGCAUCUCCGCCCGCCUUGCCUCAUUUGGGGCUUGCUCAGCCCCCACCUCCCCCCAGACACUUCGAGACGCGCGCAGCUCCAGGGGCCGCAGGUGGUACGCGCUGGGAUACCAUAGUACCCAUGCAGCAAGAUGCGGUCUUGCAAAGGGCAAACAAAGGCAAGAAGUACCUUUGUGAGACCUGUGAUACCGAAGCUCGAGCUCGAUACGAAGAAGUGUGGGAGCGGCAGGUGAGCAAGGAAGAGGGUCUGCGCGCUAGACGCCAACGAUCCGGAUUAUCUUUCCACGACGACGUGCCUGAGAAGCGGGGCAGGCGGUUGCAGGAGACUAGCGACAGCACAGUUAGGAAUAGCAGUCUUGACGUUAGGAAUGGACAAGGCGUGGAGGCGGAAGCUAGACACCUGUCUCGAAAGGCGUGCGCUCGAAUCUGGACUCGGUCCAAGCUGCCAGACGAUUUCCUGGCCAAAGUUUGGGAUGCUGCCGUAGCCGGCGCGCCAACCUCUGAGGGCCUCGACAAGCUUGCAUUUGUGAAGGCUAUGGCUGCUAUCGAUACCGAGCUUGCGCGCAAGAAGAAAAACCAGCGAAAUCGAAUGUGA